GGCCGACGCCUGGUCGCACUUCGGUAAUACUCAAAGGUCAGGUCGUCACAUGGACGAGCUGAAAGGUCCUUCUGCGAUCUCGUCUGUUGCGAAUCACUUCAGCUGGCCGCCACCACAAGCCCACACUAGUGUGGCUAAGGAUGUCAGCUCGUCUCUACGCUUUCGGAUUCGCGAGCUCGCCUCUUUUCGUCUUACCUCUCAGCUCGGCCAUCACCAAAUUCAGCAGCCCAACAGGCCCAACGCCCAAACAGGACUGUGCAAAACGGGCCUAGGCUACCACCCAUUAGCCCAAGCUGAAGGAGCAUCAGUACAAGCAUACCCACGUGACCAAGGCCACGUGGGUCAAGGGGAUGCUUACACAUGCAAAUGCAUGUCAGCACCAAGGGACUAUAAAUACCCCCCAACUACCUCCGAUGAAGGUGUAGAGGCAGCUGAAGACUUCAACAGUGUUGGACUGCGUAGCUGCCGAAACAUGCCUGAAACUUUUAAAGUAUUGUUUGUAUUGGAGGUGUCGGACGGAGAGGGAGGGGGAGUGAGAGGGGGCUGUCUCCUUCCUCCUGUUUGGGUUUCCAAAGAGGCAGAGGGGGAGGGAGAUGGACUGAUUCGGACUCCCUUCAACCACCCUCAAAUCUGCAGAUUUGCAAUCUGCUCGAUUUGGGGGGUUUGGGAGGGAUUUGAGGGACUGUUUAGAUUAGAUUAAAUGUAAUUACAAAAUUAACCUUAAUUUUUAAA